CUGAGACAACACAACUGGUUUCAAAACUUGGCACUUCUCCAAAAUAAGACACGGGAAGAAGAGAUAUAGCAACUAGGUGGUCUUACCUGUUCGUCUUAUUCCUGCCACUCAAGUCAUACAUACUCUGUUUGGAUUGUGUCAUCUUAUACUACUUCUUCCUCAUUUCUUUUUGUUCAUAUUGUUACAUUGAAAGUCUGCCAACCAUAUGAGCUACCACGUCUUUGCCAUUCUAUUUGGCCAGGUUUUACUGUUAAGGGCAAGCGGCGCGGAACGAGAAUGUGGUCUUCCCAAAAACCUGGGAUCUCUGCCAGAUUUUGCACGUGAAGAAAUUCGAGAAAUAUGGCGGAACCACGUGGCUGGAACACCUUGCCUAAAAGAAAUAGCAAUUGAAAAUGAUAUUUUGGAUGUCAUCAAGAGUUUCGAAGCUGAUUCAUCGUCAAAUAGUGAUCGAGCAGAGCCGGCGUCUACAACCUCAGGAGCUUCCAGUGAUCCGGAUUAUGAUCACAUCGGGACAAACGGGGGUACACCAAUCCCGCUUCUUUCCGCCACCACGUUCUCAAGCCCAACUAAAAAGUAUAGAAGUUCAGCUGACACUGAUAGUGAUGAUUAUCUAGAUCAGACAACAUUCGAUGACGUCGCUAUGAUGCAAUUCGACAGUGUGCAGGCGCCGUUUCUUCGUUCCGCGAGUCCUUAUGUGAAAAGUGAAUUUCAAAAAAUAUGGGAAGAUCAGAACAUUCCGAGUGAAAGCUUGAGAACUUUGAAGAUUCAAACUUUAGCGGUUUCUUUAUUGACAUCUAAACAGUUGACAGAGUAUAAUCGCUGGGCAACCAAACGAAGGAGAGUAUUAAAAGCUAGAGAGCAAGAAAUGCGACAUUUAAGCUCAGAUGCAAAAUCAGCGUUACGCAAGCUCAGCGUUCAAAGAGAUGACAUCAGUCACAUUGCAGUACCUAUUGAAGUGAGAAACGAAUUGACGACGUUUGUACAAAGAUUGAACAGACGGCGUAAUUUGAAGUUGGUACACUAAAAUACUUUAUUAUUAUAAAAAAAAACUAUAACUUGUCUGUACAUUGCAAUAAAGUAAUUUGAGAACAAAAAUAGCUUCGACUAGUUUUUGUUGUUUUAUGUUUUUGUUUUCCUGGUCUGUUUACAACGUCACCAUGUUUGACAUCAAGUACGAAUGUUUUUUUUUGAACCACCUGAAUAGUAAUUACUCUGCAAAUCAUAUGGGGUCCUAGCAUUUUACAGUCAAAAAAAAUAACUCAAUGACUAAAAUGUUAAUAA